AUGAAUUCAGCAGCAGCAGUACAAGCUCCAGCCUAUGUCUUUCGAAAACAUACCGCUCCUGUCAAUGCAGCAACACUCUUCGCUAAUGACCAGUACCUAGCGUCCAGCGAUGCAAGUGGCAUGGUGUUGAUUUGGAAAAUGCGUUCACGUCGCGUCAUACUCGAGUGGCAAGCACACGAAAAAGACUGCACACAUAUCAUGGUGUAUGACAACGGCAGUAGAUUAAUAAGUCAAGGCCGUGACAAUGUGAUCCAUGUUUGGGGUCUUUUAUUGGACGUCGAUGGCAUUUCAUCCAAGGAGUUGCUGCAAUCUAUACCCUACGUAUCUCUAAACUUUUGUCGCUUAUCUCUUUGCAAGCAUCAAGGUGACACGCUGGUUGCACUUCCCUUUCGAGGCGAUACUACAAACAUCGACGUGUAUUGCUUGGAAAAGGAUCGAUGGAUAUACCAUGGUGUAGGCGAGGAAGAGAAAGAACAACGAAGGCUAUGCAUGGCAGUGCAGCUAUUUUCAAGGGGAUCCGAUGUUUAUUGUUUGGCUGGCUAUGAAGAUGGAUCAGUCUGUCUAUGGCAAAUGGAGCAAAAACUACUCUUAUGGGAUGCGAAAGAGCACACAGAGCCUAUCCUUGACUUGGCUGUGGAUAAGGAUCAUCAACAUGGCAUCUCAACUUCGGCCGGCAGAGAACUCGUCAAGUACGCGUUGUUUGGCAAUCCAGAGGCACCCGUUGUGAACAAGACAUUGGCCAAAAAAUCAGGGCUAAACACGGUCGCCAUUCGGCACGACAACAAGAUUAUUGCUACAGGUGGGCUUGAUGGAAGGAUACGCGUAUUCUCAUUCAAGUCCUUGAAACCUUUGGCCGUGCUAUCCUAUCAUCGUGAAAGCAUUUAUUCGAUCGGCUUUGCAGAGAAUGUGGAUGACAACGUGGAUCAUUGGUUGAUAGGCGCGUCAAAGGAUACACGCAUCAGCAUGUGGAGCCUAUAUUGA